AUGUCUAUCAAACAUACUGAUGAACCUAUGGAAAAGCAGCCUAGUUACAUUUUCAACUCUUAUGUCAAACUUACACGAUUAUCAAAAGAGGAUAUAGAGCAGAAUACGGGCCAUAAUCAUAAAAAGGAGACUACGUCAACAUUAUUGAAUCAGUGGAAUACUCCUAAUCAAUUAAUAAAACAAGAAUAUGUAGAAGAUACUAAUAUGGAGAUCUAUGAAACCAAAGUAGAACAUACUUCAUGGCAAUCUACGGUGCAGGCAUUUGGGAUUAAUGUUAAAAUUGAACCUACUGAUGUAGUUGAAGUAAAAACUGAGCAAGAGAACAGAAUUAGAACUAUAACUGAGGAUAGUACUGCAUUUUCAAACUACAUGGAAAAUGUUAACCAAAAUGAAUUUAUUUGCCAAAUAUGCCAUGAUAAUUUUGAUAAUUAUGAAGACUAUAUAGUCCAUAAACAUUUAAUACAUAAAAGUAAACCUUUCGUAUGUAAAGUUUGCAAUGCAACAUUUGUUCUUAAUGCUCAUUUGAAUAUACAUCUGGCUGAACAUGUUGAUAUAGUAUGCAUGUUAAAUUCAUCUGUAAGUCCUUCAGAAAUCCAGUCUUCAUCUAAAAGUAAUUUGACAAUAAAUCCAAGUAGAAAUUACAAGAACUCUAAAUUAACCUCAAAAUUGGCAAAAAAAUACCGCAAUACUAGUAUUUCAAUAAAUGAAUCAAACAAUUUUACACACAACUUAAGUGUAACUGAUCCCAACACAACUUUACAAAAAAACAAAUACAAGGCAUUUAAGUGUGUAAAUUGUGUGUUUGCAACAGGGUCUGAAACUGAAUUUCUUAAUCAUCAUGAUGUUUGUAAUAAUAUUUCAAAGGGUAGCUCCAAGUUCUUUAAAUGUAAUUUGUGUAUUAAAACAUUCACUACUCGUUCAGGAUUAAAUGGUCAUUUGAAAUAUCAUACUUUUAGAAGUGAAAUGAUUUCAAGGAGACAACUGGCAUUAAACAAGCAGAAAUUGAAAAUUCAAAUCACAAAUAGUAGUGUAAAAUCUCAAAAAUAUGUUUUUCCAAAGAUCGCAAAUUUUAACAGGAGUCAUAAGUGUAAAGAUUGCAAUAAACAUUUCACUACACGCAGCAAAUUAAAUAUUCAUUAUAAGCAACACAGACAACAAAUGAUAUGCAAUAUGUGUCAUAAAAAAUUUCUUUUAAAAAAGAACUUUGAAAAACAUUUACUAUCACACACAAAUGGCGUAAUUUCAAAUGGUGUUUCUAAUGACACUUCAUUUAAUGAAAGUAAUUCACUACAAAACCAAAAUGCAAUUAAGAGCACAGGCAACAAAAGUGAAAAUCAAAUUAUUUCAAAACAUGACAAAUUGUUUCAUUGUUCCUAUUGCAAUAAUAGUUACAAAUCAAAACAAUCUCUUAGCCAACACAAUAGACAGCAUCAUUCUCGUUUUAAACUCCCCCGUCGGAAGUUAAAAUCAAAAACUGUUGAAUGCAAUUGGUGUAGUUUAGUAAUAACAAAAUGUAACUUACUUCGUCAUAUUAAAUCUUUGCAUCCUAACAUUAAUCCUAUAAAAUGUUUACACUGUCCAAUGGCAUUUAAGGAUUCUCCUUCAUUAAAAUUCCAUGUGUCUAGAUGCCAUACAGCUUAA